AUGGGGCAAAGUGCCUCAUCUACUCUGGAUUGUGAAUAUAGCAAAUAGAGUGUGGUUCACAUAUUAUUACAUUCUUUACUUUGACUUGUAAGUUUUUAUAAUAUACUAAAUUAAACUGAAAAAAGGACAAAAAAUUAACUGAGAGCCAGCCCUUAUCAUUUUAAUAUUUAGGAAGACAACCCAUUACAAAGGUCAACCAUUGUGUUAGAAAAGUAAAACUGUUUUUAUCUGAAGGUGUCUCCUACCAUGCAAGAAUUUAUAUUUGUCUUCUUUUCAUACUAUUCUCACUAUUAAAUAUGAAAAACAUAAUGCGUGAACACUAUAAGUUCUCUUAACAAUCUUAAACACCUCAAUCAGAUCUCUCACUAUUCUUUUUUCCAGAGAAAACAGUUUCAGAGAUUUUAAUCUGUUAUUGUAUGACAGCCUUUCCAUUUUAGAUAUCAUCCUAGUAGCUCUCCUUUGAACCCUUCCCAACAUUUGAAUUUAUUUUCAGGCAUAUUGUGCUACUAUAUUAUAAGUAAAAAUGUGUAUUAAAAAUUUUAGCCAACUAGUUUUGGUAACACAGCUACCGUCAUCUCUGUCCUUCGUAGUCACUAUCCCUGAUGAUAGUAGCUGUGUUAUCAAAACUAGUCAGCUGAAAUUGUUUUUAAGGAUUUUAUCCUUAAUUGUGCUAAAAAACAUAAUUUUAUAUUACUAAUUAAUUCAGUGCCCUUCCAAAAGAUUUAGCUAAUCAUUGGGAGGAGCGUGUCUAUUAGCAUACUGAGAGUAUCUCUAUGCAGCAUUUCAGUUCUUCAAAACUACAGUUCAUGGGUGCAGCAUCACUUUUGUCAAAGCUUGUUAACAUAUAAUCCUAAACUAUAAAGAAGUGUUUUAAGUUUUGCACCCAUGCAAACAUAUCUCUUAGCAUUCCUGUUAGUAGUAUGCCAUGUGAGAAGAUUCAAUGUGGAAAAUUGAUUCAGAACAGCACAGUGGUCACAGUUAGGGUAAGGAGAAGAAAAUAAUAGAAGAUUUUACAAUGCAGUACAAGUUGUCCUACAACUUAGAAACAUCAGUCCUGAUUGAGCUUUUAAAGCCACUGCAAAAACUACAUACAGAAAUUACAAAGCUACAAGACAGUAUAGCAGUGUCUCCUAUCCCACAAAUGGAAGCAAGGAAAGUUGAUGAAGAUAAUGCUGAGUUAAUCCAGAUCAAGGCAAGUAGGAAUGAGCUGGAAAGAAGAAUCACGGCAUUUAUUAGCAGAAAACGGAAAGAGGUUGACGAAUGGAAUUUACGGGAGUUUUGUAAUCAUGCUCUUGAAGAAGAAUAUAACCAAUCAUGGGAAGAUGGAGAAAGAACUACAUGUGCUAGAGUUGAUGCACCAUUGAUACCAAGGUCUGUGGGUAAAAAUCGUGUUAAAGUUUCUAGGGUAGAUAAUAAGUGGGGACCCCAGACCCAACUACAUCAUCAAGUUAUUGAUAAUAAAAGACAAGAGAGUUCUGAACAUAUAGUGUACCAAGACUCUGAUAUGCCUGAGAGUGUGGAAGAAAGGCUAAGAAAUUUAGAAUCCCAUUUGAAGCUCAAAGCUGGUCAGCCAGUGUCACAGGAUGUUUACCGAAGACUGAAGGUAUUAGAAGAUAAAAUUUUGUUCUUAGAAGGUCUGUCUCCAAGUUACAUGAGUGUGGUUCCAUCAGUACACAGUGAGGGAAACUCCAAAAAUAAAACUGAAGUGGAAAGAAAGUAUGAAAACUGGAAGAUGUCAGAUAUAGAAAAAAGGAUAUUCAUUUUACAAGAAACUCUGAGAAGGAAGACUGAGAAGUAAUAUACGUCUUAAGGUAAAAUGUACAUUCCUGAAAAAGAUAUUAAAAAUUUACUUCUCAGAUAUGAUAAUUUAAAAUGAUAAGUAAGAGCUGUGAACUGAGUGUGAAAAGAAACAUCUUGAAGGAGAGCCUAAGAAAUGUAUGAUGAUAAGUUACUGAGAAGUAUACAUUCUGAAUAUGGACUGAGAAGUAUACAUUCUGAAUAUGGACUGAGAAGUUUACAUUUUGAAUACUUUCAGAGUAGUACUUACACUCUAAUAAUAGACUGAAAAAAUUAUGAACACAGGCUGAGAAGAAAGCUGAGAAAUACCUGUUCUGGGCAGUGACUGAAAUAUGUAGAUCCUGAAGUUGUUAUGCUGAGGAAUAUGCAUGCUCAAAACAGACUGUAAAGUGUACAUUGUGAUACAGAAAGUAUGAGAAUCUUACAUCAUUGUGAAUUUAGCUAGAGAAGUGUUUUUUAUGUGUUUGUUGUAUUUCCCAAAAUCUCAUUAGGUACCUCUGAACAUUUUUGAGUUUUAUUGUUUUAUUAAACUGAGUAUUGUUCUGUUAGCUUUAUUUGAUGAAAUUGCUACAAAAAAAAAGUUUUGUCAAAUGACCUAAUAAAGGCUAAUUGACCUAAAUGUUGACCAAUUUUUCCUUCAGUGAUUUUAAUAAUUUUUUGAUUUUCAUAUUUACUUUGUAGAUGAGUUGCUAUUUGUGUUGCUUGUUAGUCUUACUUAUUGUGUGAUAUAAAAUGUGAAACCCAAUGUGCUGGUAAAAACACAUCUAGUUUUGAUUUUUUUGUGUUGAAGGCUUCAGCUGGUGUAUUGAAUAAAAAUCUUUUUAUGUCAA